UGACAAUGUGACAUUUGACGCAUUGGAUUUCUCUAGAAAGUGAUUGAUAGAAAAAAAAUAUAUAUUCAUAUAAAUAACAAAAAUGAUUGUCUCUAGGGCGAUGCCUGCAUUAAAAGCAGCUAAAUUAUUAUCAAAUAACAUUGUUUUGAGGAAUAAAGUACAGCAAGUUACCAGACAUUCACACAAUUGGUAUUAUCGUGCUGGAGCUCCAGCUAAUCCAAAGCUAGAAUUUGGAGCAGAACUUGGCAUGGGAUUGGCUUGGUGGUGGUUUCUUUGGCAUUUGUGGACUGAACCAGAGCAUAUAUAUGGACAUUAUGUUUACCCCAAUCCCAAAGAAUGGACUGAUGAAGAGCUUGGUAUACCUGCCUAAUCUGAAUGGAUAUAUAAUUAUCUAGCAAUUUAAAUAUAAAUAGUGUUAUUUU